AUGCUUAGCGACGUCGUUGUUUUGCUUCACGACAAAGCAACUCCUCCCAAGUCUGCACAGACCCAAAACCUGAUCGCCUCCUUCGGAUGGGAACAGUUGAAGUAUCCAUCGCACAUCCUAGACCUGGCUCCGAGUGACUUUCAUGUGUUCCUGCAUUUGAACAAGUUUUUGGUAAGGCAGGACUUCCACUCAGACGCUGAUCUCACAGGAGAGACUGGAGAUUGGCUGACAUCGCAGGCACCAGCUUUUUACGAUGAGGGCAUUCAGAAGCUCGUCCCACGAUACGACAAAUGCCUCAACAGUUCUGGUAACUACGUGGAGAAGUAG